AUGACCCAAAUAUCCGCCCCAACUAUAAAGCGAAAACUAAAAUCUUCGUGACGAAAAACCAGACGACGCCAGAGAAUCUCUUUCGGAUUAGUUAGCGAAGAAGAUACAUAUACUGAUAUAUAGAUAGAAAGCAAGAGAGAUGGCUUCUCAUCUCUCCUCAGCUCUUUCAAGAUUCCCUUUGCAACAACCCAAAUUUUCAUCCAAGCAGACAGCCAAUGCGAAGCCAGUUGGAGUUCAAGUGAGAUCCAGCUUGGAAGAUGAGAGUGGCUCGCCUGGUGUUUCUGACCACUCAUUUGAACCUAUCAACAAAAAGGGAUCUCAAAUGGAAACAUCUCGCCGCCAGUGUCUAGCCUGUUUAUGUUCAACUGCAGCUUUGAUAGUAGCUCCAGGUGUUUCUAAUUCUGGACAAAAUGCAAAUGCCUUGGAUGGCAAAGAGCGAGCUGUAUGUCGAAAUUGUGGGGGUAGCGGUGCUAUUAUCUGUGAUAUGUGUGGUGGUACGGGAAAGUGGAAAGCUUUGAACAGAAAAAGGGCCAAAGAUGUUUACGAGUUCACAGAAUGUCCAAAUUGUUACGGUAGAGGGAAACUAGUGUGUCCGGUGUGCCUGGGGACUGGUUUACCGAACAACAAAGGUCUCCUUAGGCGGCCAGAUGCACGGCAGUUGCUUGACAAGAUGUAUAAUGGACGCUUGUUACCAAACUCUUAGAAUCUUGAGAUGCUGUUUCUCGAUGUCAGUAAGAGGAGAUUUAACAUGGCCAAAGUAGCACAUUGGUAGAACAAAGGAGUACAGUUGCUUCAUCUCGUGGUGCAAGUGGAUAUAAAAAUUGGCUCUAUAUGUACUGAAUUUCAUACCAGAGUUAUUUUCUCGAUUUGUUAUUUAUUUGCUUAACCCAACAGAGGAAGUAUAGUUGCAUUGUACUUGAUGUUACUGCCUUCUAUCAUCUAUAGGGUAAAUGUGUGUUUCAGUAAAGCAUUUUAGAGAGCUA